UAUAAGGGCACUUCCUCGGGCACCGUGGCACACACUUGCAGCGGUGCGGAGUGUCAGCUGCCGCGGGAAUGCCGCUCCCCGGCGCCGAGCCCUGCUCCCCGGAGGAGCCCCCGGCGGAGGAGGAAGCGGCGGCGGCGUCCCCUCGGGCCCGGAGCGGCCCUCGGAGCCGGCGGCGGGAGCCAUGGCCGAGGCCGAUCGGGAGCUGCGCGUCCCCUUCAUCGAGGCGGAGGAGACGGAGACCGAGACCGAGAAUGAGGCGGAGGCAGCAGCGGCGGCGGCGGCGGGGGCCGGCGGCGGCUGGCGCUGCGGGCGCUGCCCGGCCGGGGCCGCGCUGCGCUGGUGCAUCACCGGGACGCUCUGCGCCUCCUUCCUGGGGCUGGGGAUGAGCAUCGCGGUGCUGGGUCCCACCUUCCCCACCCUGGCCGCCAAUGUCGGCAAGAACGUCUCAGACAUCUACUACAUCUUCGUGGGCCGCUCGCUGGGCUCCCUGGGCGGGUCGGUGGUCGGCGGGGUGCUCUUCGACUGCAUGAACGCCGCUCUGCUGCUCGCCUUCUCCAUGCUUGGAACAGCAGCUGGUCUUUAUGCCAUACCCUGGUCUAAGGAAUCCCUGCUAUUGACAAUCUUGAUGUCAGUUAUUGGAGGUUCCAUGGGAAUUCUGGACACAGGUGGCAAUGUACUGGCACUGUACACCUGGGGAUCAGACGCUGGGCCACACUUGCAGGCUUUGCACUUCAGUUUUGCUGCUGGUGCAUUUCUGGCUCCUAUCGUGGCUCAGAUGGACUUGGGGACUUCUGAAUCUCAAGAACUCGCAGGGGCUGAAAAGACAAACCAGUCUGUCCUCAAGUCUGUGCCGACAGCUGCAUCGACUACGCCAGCACCGAAUGAGCAUCACAAUGAAAGCUUUUUGUGGUCCUAUAUUUUCAUAGGGACCUAUAUUCUCUUAGUUUCCAUCUUCUUUUUUGCAUUGUAUUCAAAGACCAGCUCAACUAGAGACAAAUCAAAGCCUUCUGCGCAGAAGGACAAGCUUGCCAAGUACCACUGGCCUCUAGUUGGUCUCCUCUUCGUGUUCUUCUUGUUCUAUGUGGGAGCUGAGGUCACGUAUGGCUCCUAUGUAUACACUUAUGCAGUGGUCUUUGCUGAGAUGAAGGAAAGUGAAGCAGCUGCUUUGAAUUCCGUCUUCUGGGGCGCGUUUGCCGUGUGCAGAGGAGUGGCGAUAUUCGGAGCUGCCUUCCUGUCCCCUGCCACCCUGAUCGUGAUGAGCCUCCUGUGCUCUGCUGCCUCCUCCACAGCCCUGGCCUUCUUUGCUCACUACCGAGCCGCACUCUGGGCGGGAACCACCGUGUACGGAGUGUCCAUGGCCACCAUCUUCCCCAGCGGCAUCGCCUGGAUCGAGCAGUACACCGUGGUGGAAGGGAAGACGGCUUCUCUGUUCGUGGUGGGCGCGGCGCUGGGCGAGAUGUGCAUUCCCGUGGCGGUGGGCUAUCUCCAAGGCAGGUACCACCACGUUCCUAUAGUUAUGUACACUGCCUUCGUCACUUCUGUAGUGACAGUCCUGCUCUUCCCCGCCAUGUACAAACUGGCCACCUGGCCCCAGCAGCGUGACUCGCAAGGAGGGAGCGACAGGGAGACCAGGAAAACUUUGUUGUCGAACUCGAGGCUUACUGAGGACGAGGAGGAGGAGGAGCACGUGAGAGAGUGGAACGAUGCAGACUUUGAGGUAGUAGAAAUGAAUGACAAGCUGACAGACUCUGUGACGGACACCUCCCGUAGGGUACCAGGGGACUCUGCAGCUGAAGUCUCUCUCCAGCCCCAUCUGCACGAUGCAUCGGGCGAUCCUCCAGUGGUUGCUGAUGGCUCCCCUGGUAGACAAAAUGGGAUUGUCGACUGGGAGAAGAGUGAAUAGAGUCACAGCUGACUUUUUUUUUUUUUAAUGGAAAUGCAAUUGAAUUGUAGCUGUUGUCAAGUGGUUCAGGAAUCCUUUCAUAGUGGUGCAGAGCUCAGCGUGUUCAUUUUCCCAGUCCUUUCUCCUCUUUCAUGUUCAGCCUGCAGGGAUAUGUCUUGGAGUGGGAAGGUCCUCAGUGAUGUGAAAGAGGCAACAUGACAAAUGUUUGGCUAUGCCAAAACUCUUAAAAUAUGAGGCAUGCAUCCUGUAGUAACUGGGAAUGAAGGGGACUGCUCAGACUGCUCAGUUUUUUGAGGUGGGUGAAAGGUGCAGGUCUGAGAUGCUUUGUCACAAAAUGGUUUCAUGAGAGAGGAGAGACAUCUGUAACUGGUAAUGCUGGAACUUGCUUACCUUGUGAAGGAGGAAUGUUUCCACUGUGUUUGACAAGUGUGUGUGAUCCAAUCAGUUACAAUUUCUGGUGUUGCCCAGCAGCUGUAAAUUGAAUAACCUUUUGGCAAACUAUAGGAAUUUUUGGUUCUGAGACAAAGACAAGAAAAAAUUGGGAAUUAUUUCUUAGGCGUGAAACCGUGCCUUGGGUCACUUAAAAGCAGUUUAUGAGAAAGGGCACAAAAUAGGCCAUUGUUUAUCUGCUCAAAUGCAUAACUCCAACCUACUAAACAGUGGCAACAAAUCUAAAUAAUCAAAAGUAUUUCUGAUUUUAAUUAUGGCACUACUGCUGAAAUCAACAAAUGUAUGCAGAAGAUGAUACAAUUAUCAUGUAAUCUUUGAAUGGUUUGAGUUGGAAUGGACCUUUAAAGAGCAUCCAGUUCCAACCUGCUGCCAUGGCAGGGACACCUUCCACUGGACCAGGUUGCUCAGAA